AUGCUGGUGACCUAUUUGGAAGCCAGCCGGGACCUUUGCGAGACGGAUUCAAUUCUUUUUGGCGCCGCACUGGCAGUAUGCCGUAUUAUUGGCGCCAAACUUCCCGUGGCUGGACGUGCUACUCAAAAAAGUAGCGCCAUCCCAGCCUGGAUAAAAAGAAUUGAGGACCGUAUCGCAAAGGCAAGGGCCCUUAUCGGCAGACUGACAAGCUUCAGGUCGGGUAAUAAUAGACCGAGGAUUAUGCGCACAGUUAGGAUGGCGUUUGCUGGGACAAAUAUCAAUUUGUUCCAGCCGGAUAUCACGCAAAAACUAACGGAGCGCAUAGAUGACCUGAAGCAAAAAAUCGCUGCUUGGGGGAAGCGGAUUCGACGAUUUAGCGAGAGGUCAAGGCGGUUCAACCAGAAUCGUCUCUUCCAGAGUGAUCAGAAGAGGCUCUAUAAAACAUUGGAGCGACCAGAGGUAUGUGGAGCGGGCCCAGGACCGGAUCAGGCUGACACUGUCGCAUUUUGGCGUGGCCUGUGGUCAGAGCCCGUAAACCACAGCGAGGGCCCUUGGAUGGAAGUUGUGGCGAGCCAGAGUGCAAGUGUUACGCCUAUGGACCCCGUCACCAUAACGCCUGAAGACGUGGCUGAGGCGGUCCGUAGGGCCCCGAACUGGAAAAGUCCGGGGCUCGACGGGCUGCAUCAUUACUGGCUGAAGGGGUUCGUAGUGUGUCACGCUGUGCUCGCCCGACAGUUUCAAGAGGCUCUCGAUCAGAAGUCGCUCCCGAGCCUCUUCACUACUGGGAUCACUCAUUUGGUUCCUAAAGAUCAGGAUACCACAGACCCGAGCAAAUACCGCCCCAUCACGUGUCUACCCACCAUAUAUAAGACACUGACAUCCAUUUUUGAGCGCGAGAAUCACUCGUCACCUGGAGCUAAAUCAGGUGAUGUCACGCGCUCAAAAUGGAUGCCGGGGCGGUGGUCGUGGAACCAAGGAACCACUCCUCAUUGA